AUUCGAUCGGGCUCUAUAACACCUAUGGAUACGCACGUGUAUCGGGAGAGUUAAUUACCGGGGGAUAGCAGCUGAUGUUGCAGCGCGCGAAAGUUCGGUUCGUGAGAAAGACUAGUUGUUCGUCGCGCUGGAAAAUUGUUGCGGGAGUUGGAGUUAAUUAGCCAAGCUACUUCGGCCGUUUGCUUGCUUACACAGCUGAUUUUUUACUCUCGUCACAGUCGGCCAAGUCGGAAAAUAAAAUGUUAUAUAAGCGCAGUUCGGGGAAAUCGACCACUCGAACAUUUAUUCAAUUAAAGCGGAGAAACCCGACGUGUACGCGCUUGUAUCGCGCCGAUGAACGAUGAAAAUCUAUAUACGUAUAAUAGGUGCACACACGAACACAGCUUUUGUUUGCUCGUACCCGCACAUGGUGCAGCGUGUAUACGUCGGAGGGAAUAUACCGGCGCAUGCUAAUUAAGCCGCGCGCGUGUACUUGAUGCGUGUAUAGAGUUUGGCUCUUUAAUGUUGAAAUAAUAUACAUACGCUGCGGAUUUUAAACGGACGCGCGGGAUAUUUAAUUCGUGGAAUUGGAAUUUCCAGCGGAAAGCUCGGAAAUUCAAAGGCGGGAGAAUGUGAUGUAUAACGAUCCCGAUUGAAAUUCGCGGAAACGUGAUAUGCGAGAGCACAAAGCAACGAAUUCGGCGAAAAUACCGAAUUUUUUCGAUAGUUCCCCUAUACGCGAAAAAAUUAAAAAAGCGCAGAGUAAUUUCGAAAAACACACCGGGCGCGCUGAAAAGGCCGUUGCCAACGCGCCGAGUUCGAAACAACGCAGGAAGUGCUACAUUCGCACACACACACACACACACGUAUGCAGGAACACAUGCGAGGGAUCGAGUGAGCAGAUAGCGGCGCGCGUCAGCUGGUGCAGGUUGUCAGGGGGGAGUGCGAGCUGACCACCGGCAGAAAACUUGGCAGUUCCAAGAGCUUUGUGAUGCAGGCGUGCGCACGCGCGUGUAGUAGUCCUGAAAGGAUUUUGUGGCUCCGCAGAGGGAAGAGAUAGAGAGAGAGAGAGAGAGACAGAUGAGUUGCUACUCCCUUGUUUUGCUUCUCUGUGCUUUAGCUCUUUUCUUGCAGUCUGCGCGCGUGUGUGUUGUAGUGGCUGUGGAGAGUCGUGAGCUUUGGCCGAAAGCUCGAGAUCAAAGUGUGCCGGUAGAGGGCCGAUGUGGAAGCAAAAGAUUUACCUUGAUCGGGAACAACUCGACGGUAUCGGCUCCGCCUCGUCUGCCCACUACCGGAUACUUUUACGCGAAACCUCUGCAGCCUCCUCCUCCUCCGCGGCUCGCGCGACCGUAAAUAUGCAUGCGAAGACCUUCGAGGAAAGUCUCUUGGUACGGUCGUGCGCGCAACGGCUUCGAUGUUUAUGCGUGUGUGUGCGUGUGUGUAUUACAUCCGUAUAGAAUACAAUCGACUCGUCCCCCCCGACGAGUCGUUAAUGGCACGGAUAAUUGCAGGAGCUUCUGUGUUCUGUAGCUGCACGGUUUUAGUGUCCAAGUUCGCAACUCAAUUUCUCUAUACCACGUACUCUCUUCGUCGAUGAAAUUGACCGACGGACGUAUACAGCCGGUGUAUCACAUGAUCGUUCAGUGAUUGGCACGAAAGUCGCGUCUCUCGUUUAUUGCUCUCUUUCUCUCUGCGUCCACGCUCGUGUGUUUUCCGAUUCGCCGGCGGCGUCGACGCGAGCUUUUGUUUACUGCAUUACAGCCAAGCCCUUUCGUUUUGUUUGAACUACUGGUCGCUUUUUUUCGUUUGCUCUCGCGUACAGCGAAUGCGUAGCUGUUUAUAUUUCCGUCAUAAGUAUAAGUAUACGCAGCAGAGCUUUACGAUGCAAAUCCCCGAUCCUCUUUAAUAGCCGUAUCGUUGAUCCGCGCGAGCAAAGCUGCAGUGCACUCGAUAAAUCCCCGUCUCGGAGAUCUUGUCUCGCAGUAUAUACGCACGCUUAUGCCCAGGCGCGUAUAUGCGCUGCCGAAAGCGCGCGCGCAAAAAGGAAAGUCGCACCACCGCGAAAACGGCAUAACCGGACACACCUCGGCACGCAGAGCUUGAGAGUAAUGUCGCCGCGCGAUAUGUAGGCCACCACUACACUGCCAAAGUUUUCGACGAGUCGUCGAUGGAGAGCUGCUCGCUGACGACGACGCUGCAGGACGAGCAGCGGAUCGUGGCGGGCUGCGGCAGGGACAGCUGCGAGAGCUGCGAAAGCUGCGAGAGCCGGGAGAGCCGCGAGAGUCGAGGCGCCGCGACGACGGCCGACUGCGCGAACCAGGAGGUGACCAGCCUCGAGGAGGCCAAGAGCGUCAUCGCCGCCCUGAGGGCCAGGCAGAGGGCGCAGGCCCACCAGAUGCUCGCCUGGAGGAGGACCCUCAAGCUCCAGGAGGAGCUGGUGGCGCGGCUGACCCGCGAAAAAGCCGAGCAGCUGCGGAGCCUGUCGUCGCAGCUGCUGCUCUUCGAGUCGAGGCUUUGCCGCAAGCAGAAGGAGAUCGAGGCGAACCUGGCGCAGCGCGAGGCCAUCAUCCUCAGGCAGCAGAGGGUCAUCCGGCAGCUGCAGAACAAGCUCAGGCUCGUCGGCGAGUACCAGCAGUCCAAGGGCACCGGAGCAGGAGGAAGCACGCCCGGCAGCGCCCAGACCAGGACCAGAGACUCGCCGCCCUGCUGCGACACCCUCGACAGGCUGGACAGCCUCGGGGACAGCGACAGCGCCGUCGUGCUGGAGGAGGCCUUCCUCGACGACCCGACGCCGCCCAGAUUCCGCUCGAACAUAACGGACGUGACGGUGAUCCGCUCGGUCUCGGACGCGGUGGAGCCGGCCAACAACAAGUACUGCGCCUCGAGCCGUCGGAGCAACGGCUUCCUGCGCAGACCGGAGGUCCUCGAGACCGUCUACUCCGUCGAGGAGGACGGCGACUCCGAGCAGCAGCAGCAGCAGCAGCAGCAGCAGCGGCCGGAGACGGCCAACGAGGGUCAGGAAGCCGACGAGGAGGACAACAAUAACGACGCCGGCGGCGGACAGUCCUCCUCGUCGACGGGGGACAAGGCGCCGAGGCUCAGGGACCUCUACGGCAGCUUCGAGAGACUCGCGCAGUACGAGGCCGGCCAGGAGGAGACGAGGAGCGAGGAGAUGGUGACACCCGUCGCGGCGCAGGUCAACAGCCAGCAGAGGACGAGGGACGAGAGUCAGCAGGCGCAGGUCACCUACAACAGGGUCAUGAGCAACCACAGGUCGGUGACCAAGCCUAAGGACGUCAAGUACAAAAGGAUCAACAAAGCUAAAUCCAAGAGUCUAGAGGAGCUUCGCGGUCGACUGAGGAACUGGGUUGAAAAGGGGAACAAGAUAGCCAUCUCGCUGGAUCAGUCGUACGCCUGAUGAUGAGCUCGAACGAGUGCCAACCACUACUACUUUACUCACUUUUACUCGCGCACGCGUUUUCCUGCAAACUCUUGGCAUUUUUUCCAGUCAGCCGGACGAACGACGUGUACGAGCGACGCUCGCCCCGGCAACCAAUCUGUGUAAUAUAUAUUAUUAUAUACAUACCUAGGAGAAAAAAAGUCCUUGUGAUAUUUACGAGACGAAUACGCGAGAUGUGUCGGAGAGUUAUAGAGAGAGAGAGAGAGGAGAGAGAGACAGAUGAGAGAAAAAUGUGAUAAGCUGUUGUUUUUACGUAUACCCGUACGAUGUGUACGCGCGCUUUCUUCUAAAUACAGAGUCACGUAUCUAAUGAGAAAUAACGAGCUUCGAGAUUCAGUUUUUAGAGAUUGCACCAUCGACUAGCGCGGCCAAUGCGGAUAUUAGCGUAUUUACAUUGUACGAGAAGUAUACAUAUAGCAUACCGAUGAUGUGUACUUUCUUUUUCCGAUUAUAACCGCCUCAGCGCGUCAAAGUUUCACGUCGAAGUAAUUAUCUACACACACACACGCACCCACACGCUUGUACGACACUUUUUGUAUAUGAGUCGGGAAAGCAGAUUAUCUUCCUCUUGUUAUGAAGGAUCCCUUUGGUCAAUUGCUACCAGAAUUCUCUGAUGCUGCGCGUCGAUAGAUACGAUAUUUAAAAUGAUAUUCAAAAUCACGAGAAAGCCUUAACCGACGAGAGGAUAAUAUAUAUACAAUAUAUACGUAUGGGGAAGGUCAGCAGUGCUAGGACAUCGCGUCGGAUGAUCUUUCUUUUUCGAUAAAUGAUACAACAUAUAUUAUAUAUAUUGUAAACGCUAAACGAAGCACUCCGCUCUUGCAUAUAGGCAAAACGAGAAAUCAAUUAUUACGCGCCAGUGUAGCGCUUGGUAUAGUGUGCGGAUUUAGCGUGUUCAGUCUUAGCAGCAUAGCAUACUUUUCAAAAGCUGGCGGUGAAGACUAACUCGGUCGACGAGGACACACACCGGUUCACGCGUACAAAUACAUGAUAUAUAUUCAUUUCGCGUUCCUCUCGGACGCAUGCGGUGCCUUGCGCUUAAAACAAAAAUCUGGGUUUCGUCGAUUUGCUUUCCAAAAGGAGAAACAGCUCUGGAGUCAAUGUAUACGCCUUCUCUUCGCUCAGAGGGAACGCGAUAAUGUUGUAGCUUAUAUACGACGUGCUUGGAUCAUACGAGGAGAGCAUAUCACACGCUGCUAACAUAAUUCUGUGGCUGACGGGCAAAAUGACACGACUCCGCUUUUCGUGUUUUCGAGAGAAAAAGCGCUUUCAAUACUCAGAAGCAUAUGUAAGAUCGGAGCAAACGAGAUGGGCUGCAAUUCGGCACAGGUUAAUUCUAUGCUGUGACCGGGUUAUUAUACAUCUGUUGCUUCUGGCGAGCACCGCAAAUGCGCAUUGCAAGACUUAUUGCGAGGUAAUCGGCACACCGACCACAUAACGUUAAAAGUUUUUGAAACAAGAGCAUACGUUCAUUAUUGUUUUUUAGCAGAGUAUUUACUGAAUUCAGAUCGAGUAUUGGUAGCUUUUCUUACAUAAAAUUACAACAAAUUAGAUCAUACAAAUUUUCAAGUAGAUUUAUGUCGUUACGUUGGAAACAAAAUCAAAACUUUCGACAACUCGCGAAACAACGCGAUAAGUGAAGUUAUGUAAUUCUGCUCAUCAGCCACAGAUAUAUACACAAGCGCCUUUUUUAUUGUAUCAUUCGGGUAAAAGAUUCGUUAAAACUUUCUCUAUAAAGCUAAGAUGAAACUGUUAUUCUCUGAACAAAGUACGCUGAAGUAGUUGUCGCGACGCAUAAUUCUGGCUGGAAAAGCCUGGGCUCGUUUAUCACGAGUUUAAAAUGCCUCGUUUCGAUUCCAUAAAAUUAAUCGAAGCGAGUGACGUUAUUUUACCAACUUACUGUUGGACUUUUGACUGGUUCACAGAACGACAGCUACUUAAAGAAAAAUUUCCAAAGCUAGAGCUUAAAUAUCAAGUGAUUACCGACAAUCUGCACAGGUAAAACUUUCAAAACACGGUAAAAGUAUAAAACUAAAACAAAAAUGUUUGUCUCUCUUUAUCCUGAUAAAAAUAAUUAAAAAGAAAACAACCUAUAUAUUGAGACUGGUGGAGAACAAGGAGGCGCCGUUUUGUGCAAAAUAAUUACCUAAGAUUUAAGAUCGCGAUCUAGUUAAUGUAUCUUAAAAAAUUUAUGAGUAAAUUUAUUAUCAUUAUUAUUACUAUUAUUAUUAUUACGAUAUUAUACAUAGUGAAUAUGAAUUUUAUGUUCCUGCGGGCUGUUUAACAGCCACCCGAGCGAUCUCUUGCAUAACAACGCAUUCGCGUGCGGAUUGCUGAUAUUAACGUAGAAUGUAUGUAUAUAUCACAUACACAGAGAUACACCCCGCGCGUAAGCUCGAUUACGAUGUAACGGUGCGCGCGCGCGUGUGUGUGUGUGUGUAUGUAUAUAUGUGUGUGUACGAUACACACGACAAGAUUUGUUUGGAUCAUGAAGACAGAGCAAGAGAUAGGGGAAGAGAGUACCCGAUAAAUAUCUUUAUAAGGAGUGUAAAAUACAGAAGUUUGAUGAUCCGCUUGAUUUUUCAAGCGACUGAGCAUUGUACUUAAUUGUAAAAUUAUUUAACGAGUGAGCAGACGUUGUAUUUACCGGAAAAAAGUCGAAGAUUAUUCUUUAUUUAUAUAAGCAUGUAAAAAGUUUAGCCACUAAUAGUGUAUCGUGUACCACGUUGCUUUUCUCAACUGAAAACUCGUAGACUGCUAUACCAAUAUUAACGAGCGUUGCCUCGUGUUUUAAUUAUAAUACAAUAAAAAAUAUACUAUCAAUAAAGCCCAAA